UCAGUUGUCUAACGUAGCGCCAGCAAGUCACUGUAUUUCGUUACCGCCCUGCAGCAAAUAGUGCAAAAAAAAACCUCCUUCCACCAUGAAAUUCGCCGUCGUGUUUGCCGCCGUUCUGGCCGUCGCUCUUGCCGCACCCGCCGACGAGCGGGACGCUCAGGUGCUGAAGUACGAGAACGAUAACCUGGGUGUCGAUGGAUACAACUUCCAGUACGAAACCAGCAACAACAUUAACCGCGCCGAGACGGCCGAGCUGAAGAACUUCGGAGACGAUGUGGCCGCCCUGGUCGUCCGCGGCUCGUACUCGUACACCGGCCCCGAUGGACAGGUCUACACCGUAAACUACGUCGCCGACGAGAACGGUUUCCAGCCGGAAGCUCCCCAUAUCCCGCGCCUGUAAGGAGGGAAACUAAACAAAGGAUCUCUCUCUCUCUCUCUCGCUCUACUUUUCCUUCUGUCUCGCGCUCUAUUUCCCAAACCCUUCUCUGUUAUUAGCUUGUUAAGGUUAAUGAAACAUUCUGCGAGCAACAGUACACCACCACCUUCACCCAAUAAAAGCUGUGACCUGAGCUGUGUUUUUUCAAUGAUAGCCCAAUGAAAAAACCAGUACACUAUUUUACAAAAAAAAAUACAAA